AUGAAGUCUCAGAGUUAUCGGCGUCAGUCCGCCCCGUCAAUGGUCAUCACAAAGGCUCUCAACAGGUCCAAGACUCUCUCCAGGGAGAGCUUCCUGCUUCCUGUGUGUCCAGACACCUGCCCAUUGGUUCAGUCCUUCCUGACCAACUCUGAUAGGUCCUUUCUUCUCCACGGACACGCCCAGCUAAAGACGGGGAUGCAGACUCAGGACAGACACCUCUUCAUGUUCAACGACAUACUGGUCAUUGCCAAAGCCAAGUCAGCCAACCACUUCAAGCAGAAGGCUCAGGUGUGUGUGUGCGAGAUGUGGACGGCACACUGCAUGGAGGAGGUGUGUGAGGGAAGCACGAACCAGGAGAGAAGCUUUGUCAUGGGUUGGCCCACCUACAACUGUGUCGCUACGUUCAGCUCAACAGAACAGAAGGAGAAAUGGCUCUCCCUCCUCAAAAGUCGCAUAAAAGAAGAGAAGGAGAAUGAAGAGCCUAAAACUAUUCCUCUGAGAGUGUACGGGAAGGGAAUCAAUACAUUUGCUGUUACCAAGACACUUCCUGUCAGCAACUCAGAUUCAACCAAUGAGGUGGUCCGACUGGCUCUGCAGCAGUUUGGCAUCAUAGGGAACGUGAAAGACUACCAGUUGUGGGUCAUCUCCAAGAGGGACAACACUCCCUAUCCUCUCAUCGGUCACGAGUAUCCCUUCAGUAUCCAGAUGAGUCACGUGAGGAACACGUCGUCUCAGGGAGGCAGCGUGGACGCGGCCGCUUCACCUGCGGACAAGCAGAAGGCGAUGCAGGUGGAGCAGCUGCAGGUGUACAAGCAGUGUCAGUUCAUCCUGAAGCCCCGCCCCGUAGAGACGCUCCAACACGUGUUUGCAGAUUUCCCUCAGAAGUCGUUUAAAAGGCGGCGUUCACUCAUCACCUGGGCCUUCUGGAGAGGAUCCUCCCCUCACCUCAACGAGCUGUCCCUCUCCGGCAACACUCAUGGCUGCUUGUUCAACCAGCCACUCAGCAGUGUGUGUCUGGAGGACGCUCUGCCAAAGCCAGUGAUGGACAUGCUGACGUUUCUGUACAACGAGGGUCCCUGGACUCGGGGGAUCUUCAGGCGGCCUGCGGGGGCCCGGGCUGUCAGGGAGCUGCGGGAGACUCUGGACGCAGGAGUGUUUCAGCUUCCUCUGACACGAGACCACGUCUUCAUCAUAGCUGGAGUGUUUAAGGACUUCCUGCGCAGCAUCCCGGGGAGCUUGUUGUGCUCUGAACUGUAUGAAGAAUGGAUGGAUGUGCUGGAUGAUGAAGAUGAGGAGGAAGAACUGGUGCAGGAUGUAAAAAGGAUGAUUUGUCGGCUGCCCAAACACAACAGCAUGUUGCUGCGCUACCUGUUGGCCAUGCUGCACGGCAUCGAGAGCCACGCCCAGGAGAAUCAGAUGACCAGUUUUAAUUUAGCCGUGUGCAUCGCUCCCAGCAUGCUCUGGCCUCCUGGAGAACCUUGCAGCCCUGAAGUGGAGGGCGAAGGUGCAAAGAAGGUUUGUGAGUUGGUGAAGUUCAUGAUUGAACACUGUGAGCAGAUUGUGGGAGAGGACCCCUCCUCUCUGUUUGGAGGACCGCCACAAAGACUCGACACUGAGGAGAUAGGAUCAGACCCCUGGAUUUACCAUCUGACUGACUCGUCCUACGACAGUCCAGAGAACGAGUUGGACAACAGCAGUGGAGGCUCACCAGGUUUCUGCAACAGGAGACGUGUUCCAUCCAAACCGCGACAAGGCAGCUAUGACUCCAUCCUCACCUUCAGCGACUACGACCAAGACAACGACCCAGACAGGCGCCACGCCCAAACCAUCUUAAGCCCGCUGAGGAGAAGCAGAGGACUGGACCCUGACAUCUCUAGCCCAGACAUACCGACCAUGGACAACACCUCCCUGGACGGUCGGCACAGACUGCGGCGGCGCUCAGAGCCAGCCAUAGCGUACUUGAGCAAGCUUCAGCCGUGUAUUUCAGUUCAAGCUGAUGAUGAAGAUCAUGAUGAUGAAGACGUUUCCGGUAAGCCCGGCAGCCACACGGACUUCAGAGGUCGGGACAGGAGAGGUGAGUAUGGGUUAACCCUGCUCAGUGGGAGGUCAGCAGAUCUGGAGGCAAGCUGCUCCAGCCUCUCCUCUGACCCCAUCUCCCCUGCACCCACACGCUCCUCCUUGGACUCUCUGGACUCCCUUGGCAGCUACAACGCCGGGUCAACCAGGCAAGGGCUUAACCCACCUAAGACACAUUUGCUCUCCACCUCCCCGUCAUCCCUCUCUGUAAGCUCUGCUCUGACCUCCGUUGGACUCACAGACCAGGGGACUUGUCCAAAAGACACUCAACCUAAAGAACCAGUCAACUGGGGGGGGACGUUAAAAGGCUGCAGGGGCCUCCACCCAAACUCCUGGCUGAAGAAAGACCGCAGACUGUCACUAACACAGCAAGACAACUUGGAGAAAGAGGAAGAGGACAAGACUGGGGGAGGAUCCACUGAGAAGACGACUACACUUGGAAAAGUUGCCCAAGAAAAAGGAAAGACUGGUGAAAGGGGAGCAGAAAAAAUCUUUGGCAACCAACUCAAGCCUAAAACCUGCAAAGCCUCAAAAGAUACAGGAGGGGGUAACGGGAAGGGGAGACCUCGCAAGGAACCCAACAAGCCCCGACUACUUAAGCAGGAUAACGGCAGCCCCCCUUCCCACCACCGUUCUACUGGGAGCCUAUAUUUUCCCAAAUCCCCCUGGUUCCUGUCUCCAGACUCUCCCCUGACUGUCAGGCAGCUGAGCGGAGGUGACACCACCAACCAGAGGGGUGCAGCGGAGGGGGAAGUGAACGAGGCGAAGCAGCCGUCUUCGUCUCCGUCUCUGUUCUACAAGCAGAGCGGCCCGUCUCUGUCUCUGUUCAAACGACGGAAGUCUGCAGAAGAGACACGCGACGCCAAGAUCUCCCAGCGGAGGGGAUCUGAACCCGCACAACGGGUGGUGGACCGGGCCGCCACCCUCACCCGGGCGAGGCUGCCCAGCGACCCGGGACUGAAGGUAACCGAGGUGGAUUCACAGGGAGGGACGUCGGAAUCUCGUUUCUGCCUCUCCCCCUACGCCACCAAAGCCGUGAGGGACUACUUCUCCUCUCACCCCAGCAGCAACCCCCAGAGCAGCCAGAAGGUGGCGCUGGCUGUGGUGGAGAGUCGCAGGGAGUGGCUGAAGAGAUGCAGUGACCCCAAAGUAGAGCCAGACUUUGACCAGCUCCUGUUUGCUGAAGAAUCAUAUGUGUGA